CUCGCCGACCUCUAUCCGAUUUCGCUCAAUUUGCCUCCGACUCUGAGCUUUUGCUUUGAUCUCGUGAAUAUAUCUAGAUUACAUUGUGCUUCGCGGGCAUAUCAUACAUCAUUUAUACAGCCAGUCACGCCCAAGUCGACCACAAUGGCGACGAGAAGGACCUUACUGCUUUGCGUCAACGACAUCAAGACGGCUUCAUGCUCCAACGUCAACACUCUCCUUCCCCGCAGACUAUUGGUCCGCCAAUCAAACAUCAGGCCUUGUGUUUCCAGACAACGAGAUGUUCGAUAUUUCUCCUCUUCGCGCCUUAGAUGGCACGAAGCUGGCGAUCAGCCUGUCAUCGACCGAACAAGAUCAAAGGUCUUCAAAGAUGCGGACGAGGCUGUUGCGGACCUGAAGUCAGGCUCGACCCUUUUUAGCGCCGGUUUUGGUCUUUGCGGUACAGCUGAAACGAUUAUUGCAGCUAUCCACAGGCGUGGGGUUGAUUCACUGAACAACCUCACUGCUGUUUCGAACAACGCCGGCGCUGCAGGUGCAGGUGGACUUUCGCCCCUGACACAGUCUGGUCAGAUCACCCGUUGCAUCUUGUCUUAUCUGGGAAGCAACAAGAAGCUAGAGCAGAAGUAUCUGACCGGUAAAAUCGCCAUCGAACUAUGCCCUCAAGGGACGCUGGCAGAGCGGAUUCGUGCUGGCGGCUCGGGCAUUCCUGCGUUUUAUACCCCAACGGGAGUUCAUACUCUUAUUCAAACCGGCGAGAUCCCUACACGCCUGGGACCGGCUGAUUCCGAAACCAAGAAAUCGGUUGUCCUGGAAGGAGGAAAGCCGAGAGAGACAAGGAUUUUCAAUGGCCGGACGUAUGUCAUGGAGACCGCGCUGACAGGCGAUGUUGCCAUUAUUCGUGCUUGGAAAGUCGACGAGGCUGGCAAUUGUCAAUUCAGAUACACCACCAAAGCCUUCGGGCCUAUCAUGGCAAAGGCCGCCCGCCUUACAAUUGUGGAGGCCGAAAACAUUGUGCCUAUCGGCUCUAUCGAUCCUAACGACGUCCAUCUUCCCGGCAUUUUCGUCGAUCGCAUCGUUCCAGCGACCGUCGAGAAGAAACUCGAAAUCAAAAAGACCCGACCUAGCGGUAAUGACAGCGGCUACGAAUCCGAGGCAUCUGCAUCGUCGAAAUCCGAUGCCAAACCCGAGGCUCUUGUCCGACGGGACCGCAUUGCCCGCCGCGCGGCCAAGGAACUCAAACACGGCAUGUACGUGAACCUGGGCGUGGGAAUGCCUACACUCGCGCCAUCUUUCCUGCCGUCGGACGUCAAAGUCUGGAUCCAAUCGGAGAACGGCAUCUUGGGAAUGGGCGCCUACCCGACCGAGGAAGAAGUCGACCCGGACAUCAUCAACGCCGGCAAAGAGACGGUCACUUUGGUGCCGGGGGCGUCGACGUUCGAUAGUUCCGAGUCCUUCGGCAUGAUCCGCGGCGGACACGUGGAUGUCUCGAUCCUGGGCGCCCUGCAAGUCAGCGCGGCAGGUGAUCUGGCCAACUAUAUGAUUCCGGGCAAGGUGUUCAAGGGCAUGGGCGGCGCGAUGGAUUUGGUGUCGAACCCGGACCAGACCAAGAUCGUGGUCACGACGGACCAUGUCGACAAGUAUGGCAAGAGCAAGAUCGUGGAGAAUUGCUCGUUGCCCUUGACCGGGGCACGCGUCGUGAGCACCAUCAUCACCGAUCUGUGUGUGUUCCAGGUCGAUAGGGCCAUGGGCACGUUGACCUUGACGGAGCUCGCGCCCGGUGUGACGGUCGACGAGAUCAAGGAGAAGACGGAUGCGAAUUUCGCCGUCGCUGAGAACUUGGCGAAGAUGGAGUAAGCCUUACGUGGGCUAGCUAGCUAGAUCCUCAGUACUAGUACUAGUGCUCUGAAGAGUGUGUGUAUGAGCUGGAAGGGACUCUUGGAUGAGGUUACGACAUGGUUGGUGGCAGUGGGAUGGCGCUAGGUGCGUAAGGCGCGUGUGGGAACUUUUUCUUGCCGCAGAUGUGAGGCGUUUGAACUCUGGAGGUUUGAUCGGACCAAUCGAGUCAAGGACAAAUGUUGGAAAAGCGUACAUCGGUAGACGAGAGCUCUGAUAUAUACUAGCUAGCAUGGCGAGCAUAAAUGCACAUAUGGGAC